AUGAACUCCUCGAUGUCUCAAGACACAACUGACGAUGUGCCUAUAUCCAAGUCACCCAAUUCGUCUGGGGAUAUACGAGAUAAGACUAAAAAUUGGGUCCAAUUUGAUGAUGAAACGCCACCAGAAACACCAGCCCGUUUAAAACCACCUGAGAAAGUAGAAAAAUCAAAUGAAAAUAAUCCUGUGGUAAUGAGACCAGACACGGUAGCUGUAAAUGUUGAGAAAAUAGUAAACUCUGAGGAAGUGGUUGAAAGUGCACAAAAGAAGUCAAACGAUGAGUACAGUGGUGCAGUAAUAGCCACUGAAUCAGUUCAUAUUAAUUUAGAUAGAUCUGGUCUGAACAGAUCUAUAUCUUCAGAAGGACCUGACCUAAAUUUACCAUCCGAUGUUAGAGUGUCGGAUCCAAAAAGUGCUUCUUUGAAAACAAUUGACCUUCGAGAUACUUCGAAUGGGAGACCAAGUACUAAUAACGUUGUUAACACCCCAAUUGGUAACAUUAGGCAGGGCUUUGCCAAUGGGGACACAAUUGUCACACUUUUACCAGUCAACACAAGAUGGCCUUGGAUUACGCCCGCCAAAUUUCGACCAGAGUUGGUACCCGAAGAAUUAAUGGCUCAGGGUUUGACGCUUACAGUAGAAGAUUACGUGUAUAUAAUGGGAGUACUUGUAAACGACGUUCGAUUCAACAUGUACAACAUAUGCUACAAACGUAUUCUCGUUUUAUGGAUAUUUACUGCCUUUGUAGUAUUACUGGGAUUGUUAUUCUCAGGAGUAACAGGAUUAACCUUGUUCGGUCUUGGUGUUAUGUGGCUAGUCUUGAAUGCAGCUGCAAUAUUUUUGUGCAUGUUUGUUAAGAUAAAGUUGAACCAUAAUCUAGAAAAAUGUAUGGCUCAAGUAAACCGGCAUUUAUUGCGACACAAGAUAUUACUGGGAUUAGAUGACCGUGGCAAAAUAUCAUGCCAUAAAGUCAACUUGUGUUUUAUUUAUUUUGACACCACCGAUUGCAUUAAAAAAUUGCAAGAAGUAAUUGAGAGGGAGGAGCGAGAAGGAAGAGUCAUAGGAGGCGAUGAGGCAGCUGAAUCAAAACGUAGACAGGACCUGCAACAAAGAAUGGAUAUUGAUGACAGCGAUAUUGUUAUACAGGGUAGUACAACUACAAGAGUAUCGCGUAAGCAGGGAAAGGGUGAACUAGUACUUUGUCGGUACAUACAACGAUGGGCUAAGGACUACUUGCGACGACGUUUGGAUUGGACAGUUGACGAGGAGGGGGGUAACCCUUCAUGUCCGCGUCAUUCCGCAUCUUCUUUAUGUCCUUGUCAAUAUAUUGAGGAAUGGUUAAGAAAUAAGCCUCGUAUUCAGGGUAGAGAUUUCUGCCCCGUAUGGAGUGGAUUUCUGAGGGAUAGGGGGAUUUAGCAAUUGAUCAAAAUAUACUUGAUGCGUUAUAGUUCUUCCUCUAGAGCUCGAUGUGAACAUUGCUGUUCUCAUGUACAGAUUGUUUUUGUAAUUUUAAUCAAAAGGAAUUAGUAAUUGUUCAAUUGAUUUAUUUUCCGUUCUGAAGUCUUUCAAAUGUUAGCUUCUACCUCAAAAUUUAUGUGCUGAAAUGGUUUAAUUGACAACAGUUUAUCAGAUUUUUGUGAUAUGACGUGCCAAAAUAUGUUUACCUUUAUUGUGGUCUGUAUUAUAAGUUGACUGGAACGGAUUGUCCAUCUCGAAGAUCUGCCUUUUAUAUAAACUUGAAAUCGUUCAAUGCUAUUUAAGAAACAAGUUAUAGAACUCACAACACCGGAGGAAAGAAUAUUUACAUACGAGGCCACAGAUUGUGGUAAAAAUGUUGAGUGGAUCCCAGGUUGAAAUGGAUCGGAAUGAGAUAUGCAAUACUGUGUAGAUUAUUCUCACUCUAAGUAAAACGUGGCGGCAAGAGAGUACUUGUUAAAACUUGGAUUUGCAGCUUGAAUAAAAAAAAUACAUUCCAAUACUGUUGGAUUUUCAAAAUGUAUAAAUAUUACGUCAUACUAAUUUAAUUUCAUAGAUCUAUUUCCGACUUUCAUCAUAUUUUAUUCUUUACAUCACAUAAAAAAAUUAAUUGUUUGACAAUAGCCAGGAUACAGCUGUAUUAUUAUCAUAUGUAUCACAUAUCUCAUUACUCAACGAGCAUAUAUUGAAAUAAUCACGUCAAGUUGUCUCAAUUUUUAAUUACGUUUAAUAUUUUUUUCAUCUUCUGUGAGAAAAUAUCUGGCAAUGUUAGUCAAUAUUUGUACCAGUGUAAAAUGCAUAACGUCAUUGAAUUUCAAGCAUCUAUAUGUGAAGUGGUAUUAUUACAUGUAGUAUUAUUCGGUUAUGCCAUUAUAAUUAUAUUUUCAUGUUUUCAAUGUCAAUGAUGAAUUUUGUAAAAACGUAGGCAGCCACACAUUUUUUCAUAUAAAUUCAUACGCGAAACAGCUUUGUAGUAUACAGUAAAAAAUGUUGUGAGUUUGUAAUAUAUGCAUCAGUCUUUAACUAAAUUAUGCAUUUCUCAACCGUUUAGUGUUACAAAUUGUUUAUUUGAAUUGCAUGCAUUACAUGCUACAUUCCUAUUCUUGAAGUUUAUUCAACUCCUUAAACGAAAAUUUGUCUGGCAUUUUAAGAAUCUUCUUGAAUACAUUAUAUAAGUUAAUUGAUUUUCUCUACCUGAGGAUCAAAAUUUGUUAACGACGCGUGUUUCGUAUUCUAAAUUUAGCAUUAUUGCCAAUAAUGUUGGUGUACUCUACAAAUUAUAUAGAUAUAAUCGUAUAAUGCCGAAUAAUUAUUAUUAGUGCUUUAUUUUUUCAACAACUGCUGACUGCUUAUUCAUUUACUCAAUCUGACUUUUUUUCUUUGGAGCUUGUAAUAAGUCAGAUUAGCAAACAGAUUCUGCAGUUUUGAUAACAGUGAAAACAUAGAAAAACGCAUUUUACCAAUACUGGAAAGCUGCAUGGCCAUUUUGUAUGUUGAUUGGGUGUUUUGACUAAAUUCUUAACCACGAAACUAAUCAUGUAUGUUUGUAUCACCUAUUUUCUAAAAAUUCAGCUAUGCACAAACUUACAGUUAUUAACAUUUAUUACCUAAAC